AUGGCAGGAACUUUUUUAUAUGGAUCUUCCGUAAAAAGCUAUCCAGGAAAAUUUACAAACUCGGUUUUCUGGACUUAUUUUGUGACUAUCUUAUGGGGAUUACUAUUUGGUUAUAAUUUGGGUGUAUCAGGUGGCGUAAGUUCUAUGGAUUCUUUUUUGAAGAAUUUCUUCCCAGAAGUGUAUCAACAGGAGAAGAACAUAAAGCCCUGGGAUGAUCAAACAUUGACAUUGUUCACAUCAUCUUUAUAUUUGGCUGUUCUGGUUGCAUCAGUGUUUGCAUCCACUGUCAUUCGACUUAUCGGGAGACGCACUACCAUGAUCUGUGCCGGUGUACUCAUUCUUGGAGGUGCUGAAUUAAAUGAUUUUGCACUAAAUGUUCGGAUGUUAAUCGUCGGCCGCAUUUUAAUUGGUUUAGGAAUUGGAUGUGCCAAUAAGUCUUUGUCAAUAUAUAUAUCGGAGGUUGAUCCAUAUAAACACAUAGGAGUUCUUAAUAUGAUGUUCAAAUUUACAAUUACGGUUGGCAUCUUUGUUGCAAAUGUCAUCAACUAUAAUUAUGUCGAGGAGGAGAACGGGGAAGGAUGGCGUUAUAGCUUACGCUUUCCAACAAUUCUUGCUCUUAUUAUCAUCUGCAGUGCAAGUUCGCUUCCAAGAUUACCAAGUUUUUUCAUAGAACAUGGUCUUGAUGGAAAGGCUAAAAGUAAACUUAUUGAGAUUCGAGGAAUUACAGAUGUGAAUGAGGAGUUUGAGGAUCUUGUGGCAGCAAGUGAAUGCUCCAAAGCAGUGAAACAUCCUUGGAUCUCUUUAUUAAAGAGACGGUACAGACCCCAACUCACAUUUGCCAUAGCCAUUCCCUUCUUCCAACAACUUACUGGCAUGAAUGUGAUUGUAUUUUAUGCUCCUAUCCUGUUCAAGACCAUUGGUUUUGGAGUCAAUGCUUCUUUCAUGUCUACCAUGAUCACUGGAGGUUGCCACGCAAUUACCACUCUUGUUUCCAUAUUCACGGUUGAUAAAUUUGAUAGACGAACUCUUUUCUUAGUAGGAGGAAUACAAAUGUUUAUUGGCCAGAUAUUCGUAGCAAUUGCAUGCAAAUUUGGACUUGAUGGAAACCCAGAAAUGUUGCCAAAGUAUGCUACUGUGACCGUGUGGGGCAUAUGUGUGUACAUGACAGGAUUUGCAUGGUCUUGGAGUCCUUUAGGAUGGUUGGUUCCAAGUGAGAUUUUUUCACUUGAAGUGCGUUCAGCUGCACAAAGUAUUAAUAUCUCUAUGAACAUGAUAUUGACCUUUGCCAUUACGCAAAUUUUCACCAUCAUGCUUUGUCACAUAAAGUUUGGAUUGUUCAUCUUCUUUGCAUGCUUUGUCAUUGUGAUGAACAUAUUCAUUUACAGUCUUCUACCAGAGACUAAGGGAGUUUCCAUAGAAGAAAUGUAUGUUGUGUGGCAGAGUCAUUCUUAUUGGAAGAAGUUUGUUGAACCAGAUGCUGAAGUUAAUACUACUAAUGAUGAGUGUUAG